UAAACAUUUUUUAAAACGGGGUUAACAUCGCUGUAUAAGUAGACUGUAGCUUAUAUUUGGACUGGAGGUUUGAUGAAUAUUAAAGAGAAAUUUAAAGAAAGACCGUCGAAUACAAACUAUUCAAACAGCAUGAUUUUAAUGUUGGCCGUGACCUUCGGCCUCGUCCGUUGGGGUCAAGGUCAGACCAACACUACAGACGUGGAGGACUUCCUGGACUGGUACAAUGACGAGGCUCAGAGGGUGCUGUUUGCUGACGUGUCGUCGGAGUGGGAAUACGACACCAACAUUACAGAUUAUAAUGAGAAGUUGAUGGUGAACCAGAAAGUGAAAACCUCCAACUUCCAACAAGACGCCUACAACAAUGCCUCACAGUUUAACCAGACCCUCAUGAAUGACAUACAGAAACGUAAGUUCCAUAAGAUUAUGGACAUCGGUACCUCGGCACAGACAAACCAGACGAAACUGGUUAGGCUUCAAAAAGUGUUGGGCAGUAUGUCGUCUAUCUAUAGCACCGCCACCGUCUGUAUGGAACCCUCCAAGUGUGUUCACCUUGAUCCAGAACUCACGGAAAUAUUGGCCAAGUCAAGAAACUACACAGAACUUUUGAAAGCUUGGCAGGGUUGGAGAGAUGCUUCUGGUGCUAAGAUGAAAGAUUUAUAUUCUGAAUAUGUUGCCCUUAGCAAUGAGGCCGUAAGAAUUCUGGGUCACGCAGACUACGGCGCCUACUGGAGGUCCUAUUAUGACGACGAUAACUUCAAGGAGGAGGUUCGCGCCUUGUACGAGCAGGUCCGACCUUUGUAUGAACAUCUCCAUGCAUAUGCCAGACGUAAGCUGAAGGUGAUCUACGGGAAAGACAAGUUUCCUGACUCUGGUCAUAUCCCAGCUCAUCUGUUAGGUAACAUGUGGGCUCAACAAUGGAACAAUCUCUAUGAAGUUUUCGCACCUUUUAGCAAAAAACCCACUAUGGAUGUUUCAGCUGAAAUGGUCAAACAGAACUACACAGCCAUGAAGAUUUUCCAGACUGCCGAUGAUUUCUUCAGAUCGCUGGGGAUGAUUCCAAUGCCGGAGGAGUUCUGGAACAAAUCCAUGAUGGAAAGACCUAAAGAUGGACGAGACGUCGUGUGCCACGCCUCUGCCUGGGAUUUUUAUAACGCCAAAGAUUUUCGCAUCAAACAGUGCACUGAGAUAAACGCCGAAUAUCUGUCAACCACACACCACGAGAUGGGACACAUUCAAUAUUUCCUGCAGUACAAGAAUCAGCCUGUCAUGUUCAGGGAUGGUGCCAACCCAGGAUUUCACGAAGCAAUAGGCGACACAAUAUCGUUGUCUGUGAAAACCCAGGAACACAUGAAGUCAAUCAACUUGAUCAAGGACGUGGGACACGACAAUGAGUCCGACAUCAACUUCUUGAUGAACAUGGCCUUGGAGAAGAUCGCAUUUCUCCCGUUUGGUUACCUCAUUGACCAGUGGAGGUGGGAGGUCUUUAGUGGGGAGACAACUAAAGACAACUACAACAGCAGGUGGUGGGAAUACAGGUGCCGAUACCAAGGUGUGUCUCCACCUGUUCCAAGAAACAGCUCACACUUUGACCCUGGUGCCAAAUUCCACGUCCCUAACAAUUCACCCUAUAUGAGCUAUUUCGUCAGUUUUAUCAUCCAGUUCCAGUUCCAACAAGCUCUCUGUAACAUAUCUGGCUACACAGGUCCUCUACACAGGUGUGAUAUCUACAACAACACACAAGCAGGUGCCAAACUAAGCGAAAUGUUGAGACUUGGGUCAUCGAAGCCUUGGCCAGAAGCCAUGUACGUCCUCACUGGCCAGUACAAAAUGGACGCUAAGCCUCUGAUCGACUACUUCAAGCCGUUACUGGAUUAUCUGGUCAAAGAAAAUGGCAACGACUACGGCUGGAACCCACAGUGUCCAAGUUUUGAUUCAACGCCGCCCAAACCUGCGUGCCAGAACAAUCACCAAAUAAGCAGCCAUGUUUUUAAUUAUUGUUUCCACUUUUUCGGUUAUUUUAUUUCCAUAAUUUUUGUUUGGCUGCUCUAGAUGAUACUAUAUUUUUUUUCUCAAAUCAGUGUAUGAGUAAAUUGUGGAAAAAUGUAACGUGUGUUUAUCUAUAUUAUACUUAAUGUAGAAAGAUCUUAACUUUUGAAAACUUUUUGCUAUUUUGAAAAUACGAAAAGUUAAAAGUGACAGCGACCACUGCUAACUUUAUAAAAAUAAACUUUUUUAAUAGUUUUAAUUUCUUUACAGUUAAGUUAUACGUUUACAAGCUACACAUGUAUCGAUCAAUUAUAUACACUUUCUUUAAAAUCAUAAGUCUGGCUAUGCAAUUUUAUAUUUUUGUAAUCAAAAAUAAAUUACUUUUAUAGGUUUAAAUAUUUUUUUAUUUUUUAAUGUUUUUUUUUUUCAAAAAUACAAAAAUACAUUUUAUUAUAAAAGGACAUUCAUGACAUCAAACAAAGAUUUUUGACAAACUACUAAAGUGAGUAUUUUAUAUAUUGUAUUGGAAUAGUUUGUCUAUUGUAACUUUAAUUAUCUUUAUGCUAAUUUCAGCAAAAAUUAAAAACAAAAAGAAAUGUAUAGAUUUAUAUAAUACUAGCUAUUUUAUGCAAAUGUUUUUGAUCCACUACUAUUAAUAGAAACACAUUUCUACACAAGAUACCCCACUUGUUAAUUGGUAAACUCAUACAUUAUACACUAUAUUUCAAUGGAAAUAUCCUACGUGCAUGUAGAAUUUUAUACUUGUUUUUGUGUCUUGUUUAUACUUGUGUUUUUUCUUUAUAAUA